CUCGUCGUCUCCGUUCACCAAUCUCCGCGCUCGCCUGCUCCGCCAUGGCCGAGUACCGCCUCAGCGUCCAGCUCCACGGCCACGAGGACGACGUUCGCGGCAUCUGUAUAUGUGGUGAUGCUGGGAUUGCAACAUCAUCAAGAGACCGGACUGUGAAAUUCUGGACACGGCACCCAGAAAAGAAGAAUGAAUAUGUUCUCUCUAAGACACUCGUGGGACAUUCCAGUUUUGUGGGUCCACUGGCUUGGAUCCCUCCUUCAGACCGCUUUCCUGAAGGAGGAAUCGUUUCUGGUGGAAUGGAUACAGUUGUUUUGCUCUGGGAUUUGCACAGAGGAGAAGUUGUUGAGACAAUGAAGGGGCACACUUCACAAGUUACUGGACUAGCUGUAGACAGUAAUGGUGACAUCAUCUCUUCAUCCAUGGACUGUACUUUACGACGGUGGAGAAACGGCAAUGCUAUAGAGGUCUGGGAAGCACACAAGGUUGCAGUGCAAACUGUUGUAAAGCUACCCUCUGGAGAACUCUUUACUGGUUCAAGUGAUUCCACUAUCAAGCUUUGGAAAGGAAGGACUUGUUUACAGACAUUCUCAGGACAUGCAGAUACUGUUAGAUGUUUAGCACCAAUGCCAGGUUUGGGAAUUCUUUCUGCCUCUCAUGACAGCACUAUCAAGCUAUGGGCAUUAACCGGUCAGCCCCUGUUGGAUAUGAUUGGGCAUACUUCUCUUGUAUAUUCUGUGGAUGCGCAUUCUUCAGGUCUAAUUGCUAGUGGCAGUGAGGAUCGCUCUUUAAAGAUAUGGAAAGAUGGGAUUUGUGUUCAAACCAUUGAACACCCUGGAUGCAUAUGGGAUGCUAAAUUUUUGGAAAAUGGAGAUAUUGUAGCUGCUUGUUCUGAUGGAACCACAAGGGUAUGGACAACCGAUACUAACAGGUUCUGCAGUGAUGAGGAACUUGCAGCUUAUUCAGACCUUAUUUCUCAAUACACACUUAGCAGAAAGACCGUUGGUGGACUUAAGUUGAUGGAUCUACCAGGAGUUGAGGCACUGCAAGUUCCAGGAAACUCCGAUGGUCAAACACUGAUCGUUAGAGAAGGGGACAAUGGUGUUGCCUAUUCAUGGAAUUCAAGAGAGUUAAAAUGGGACAAGAUUGGUGAAGUAGUGGAUGGACCUGGGGAUGCUGCACCAGGUCAAGUUCUUGAUGGUGUCCGCUAUGAUUUUGUUUUUAAUGUUGACAUUGGAGAUGGAGAACCUAUACGAAAGCUGCCCUAUAAUAGAUCAGAUGAUCCGUACGUUGUUGCGGACAAGUGGCUCCUGAAAGAAAAUUUACCUUUGACGUAUCGCCAACAGGUGGUAGAAUUCAUACUGCAGAAUUCUGGCCAGAACAACUUUGUUCCAGAUCCAUCUUUUCGGGAUCCCUAUACUGGGGCUAAUGCGUAUGUACCUGGACAGCCGUCUUCAUCAAAUGGUAGUGCUCCGAAACAAACUUUCAAGCACAUACCAAAGCAUGGAAUGCUGUCAUUUGAGACUGCUCAGUUCGAGGGAAUCCUAAAGAAGCUUUCGGAGUUCAAUGCAACACUUUCAUCUGACUCGGAACAGAAGCAAUCAUCCCUGUCCAAGGCUGAGUUGUCAAGAUUAGAUGCCAUAGUGAAAGUAUUGAAAAAUACAUCAUUUUAUCACACAAGCAAGCUUGCAGAUGCUGACAUGGCCUUGUUGCUGAAAAUGUUGAAGUCUUGGCCUCCACAGAUGAUGUUUCCAGUUAUUGAUUUUCUGAGGAUGUUUGUGUUGCAUCCCGAUGGUGCUACUUUACUUCUCAAGACCAUGGAAAGUGGAGAUGAUGUAUUUAUGGAAACUUUUCGUAAGGCUGUAGCACCGCCUGUGCAGUCAGCAAAUGUGCUUACAAUCCUCAAAGCCGUUACGAACUUAUUUGACUACUCGUGCUUACACCAAUGGUUGAGAACCCACUGUGCUGAGAUCAUUGAUUCCGUGACCAGUUGCAAGCCAUCUUUUAGCAAGAAUGCACACUUGGCAUAUGCUACACUUCUACUUAACUAUGCUGUUCUUUCAAUUGAAUCAAAAGAUGAACAGAGUCAGGCACAAAUUCUUUCUGCUGCCCUUGAAGUUGCUGAAGACGAUACUCAAGAUGUUGAUUCAAAGUACCGGGCACUUGUUGCAAUUGGUUCUCUUAUGCUAAAUGGCCUUGUGAAGUCCAUUGCUCUUGACCUUGAUGUUAAGAGCGUUGCGAAUAGCGCAAAAGCUUCCAAGGACCCAAAGAUUGCUGAAGUCGGAGCUGAUAUUGAGCUGCUAACUAGAUGAGAAGAGGUUGCUGGGAGUUGGGGAUAGUUUCCCCUUCACUGGAUGCGCCAUUGUGCAGUAUAGUGCAUACCAUUAACCAUGGAGCUGGGCUUGGUGCGGCAAGGUAGUUCAGCAGUACUCGGGGAGCUACCAUGGCUUUCCGAAGCGCUUCAGGUUAUGAACAUUGUCACCUUGUAAUCAACAUGAACGUGUGGAUUUGUGGGGUGCUCGCGUUUAGCUUUUGUGAGUUGAACUGAACAGCUGGGCAAGACAUGCAUUCUGAAUCUCAUUUGCUCUGAUCAAAAGCUUUAUGCACCUAUGUGCACGUGAUCAUUAACAGUUGCAUUUCUAUCAACAAGAGCAUGUCCCAGUUCUUUCAAACCUGGUUGUUCUGAGAUGUUGCUGUCAUAUGGCUCGAGUGAUGCGCAUCUUUGGUGUCCUUGAGCAAUCUGUAACCUGUCUUCCGGAGCAGCGAAAACCAGAUUCACUCAUUUACCUUUAUACUUUUUUGUUGGUACAAUAAUUACUUCGAAUGCUUUAUCGGUACCUUUUGGACA